AUGGCGCAGUCAACUUGGUCUGUCACGGCGUCAGCAGGAUCAGUGUCGCAGGAAGAGCAGCAGAGUGGUGCCUCGGAUCAGCCUCCCCUGGUGGUGGCGACGCGCGAGAAAGGCAAAAACGGCAAGCUGAUGAAGGCACUGAGUGCGAGGGGAGUGUCAGUGAUGGAGCUGCCGCUCAUCCAGCACUCAGACGGGCCCGACACCCACCGCCUGCCAGCCGUGCUUCAAGAGCCGCAGGUCGCCGGCGCUGAGGCUGGCAGUGGUGGGGGCGGCACAGCGGAGGUGUUCCACCAGCUGGGCGAGCCCGAGAAGCACCUCCUGCCCGUCCAGUUCGUUCCCUCCAUAGCCACGGCCAAGUAUCUGUCGGCUGAAAUCCCGGAGAUUGAAGGCGGCAACCGCCGGGAGUCGGUGACGAGUGUGGACGAGGACACCAUACAGAGAGCCGCCAGGGCUCCUGUCGUUGCUGUGGCUUCUCCCACUGCUGUCAGCCCCUCAACCUUCCUCCCACCACUUCCUUCUCCUCUGGCUUCCCUUCCCGCCUCGCCCCAUGCCCAUGCGCCCCAGGGCAUGGAUGGAGUGGUGGCGUCCCCGCACGCAGGCAUGGAUGGAGGUGGUGGCGUCUCGCACGCAGUGGGAUGGAGCUGCAGCGUGCAUAGGGGGAACUUCAGCCGAAGCUGCGAGAAAAGCAGGAAUCAGAAGGUGUUUGCCCCAGAUAGCCCUGGAAUUGAAAGUGUUAUGGAAGCACUGGAAGCAGCACCUGCUGAAGCACAAGCGUAG